CUGGAAGCCGGAAGCAGGCGAAGUCGAGCCGACUCGGAGCUUCUCGGCGGAAGGGAAAGCCCAGGGCCGGUCCCUCGCAGCGCCCCAGCCGCCGGGUCGCGAGCUCUCCGCGACAGUGCGGGGCCAUGGGGACUCCGCGCCGCGGGCCACCAGUCGUGCCGGGGCCCCUGCUGGGGCGGCUACUGCUGUCCCUGCUCCUGAGCGGGCUGGCCCCGGUUCGCGCCUCCCCGCGGCUCCUGGACUACCCGGCGCCGGUCUGCUCCCAGCAGGGGCUAAACUGCAUAGUCAAGAAUAGUACCUGCCUGGAUGACAGCUGGAUCCACCUUCGAAAUCUGACCCCUUCAUCCCCAAAGGAUGUCCAGGUCCACCUGGACUUUGUCCAGACCCAGCAUGGAGACCUACUGCCUGUAGCUGGCAUCAGAUGGACCCUGCAGACAGAUGCCAGCAUCCUCUACCUGGAGGGUGCAGAGUUGUCUGUCCUGCAGCUGAACACCAAUGAACGUUUGUGUGUCAAGUUUGAGUUUCUGACCAGACUGAAGCAUCAUCAUAAGCGGUGGCAUUUUACCUUCAGCCACUUUGUGGUAGAACCUGGCCAGGAGUAUGAGGUGACUGUUCACCACCUGCCCAAACCCAUCCCUGAUGGUGACCCAAACCACCAGUCCAGGAACUUUCCCGUACCUGGCUGCGAAGACCCCAGGAUGAAGAUGAUCACACCAUGCGUGGGCUCAGGCAGCCUGUGGGACCCCAACAUCACCGUGGAGACCCUGGAGGCCCGCCAGCUGUGGGUGAGCUUCACCCUGUGGAAUGAAUCUACCCAUUACCAGAUCCUGCUGACCAGUUUUCCACACACGGAGAACCACAGCUGCUUCCAGCACACACUGAUGGUGCCCGAGCCUGCGUACCAGGCCUCCCGCCAGCGGUCCAAUGUCACGCUCACCCUGUCAGAUUCUAAUUGGUGCUGCCGCCACCGAGUACAGAUCCAGCCCUUCUUCAGUAGCUGUCUAAACGACUGCCUCAGACACUCCAUAACUGUACCCUGCCCGGAAAUUCCAGAUCCUCCAGUCUCAAUCGCAGACUAUAUACCCCUGUGGGUGUACGGGUUCAUCACGGGCAUCUCCAUCCUGCUGGUGGGUUCCGUCAUCCUGCUGAUCAUCUGCAUGACCUGGAGGCUACCCAGGUCUCGUGAAAAAUACGGGAAUGACACCAAAUGUACAGAUGUCCUGCCCAAGAGCAGCCUGACGCCCCCACCCCUGAAGCCCAGGAAGGUCUGGAUCGUCUACUCAGCUGACCACCCCCUCUACGUGGAUGUGGUCCUAAAGUUCGCCCAGUUCCUGCUCACCGUCUGUGGCACCGAAGUGGCCCUUGACCUGCUGCAGGAGCAGGUCAUCUCAGAGGUGGGGAUCAUGACCUGGGUGGGCCGCCAGAAGCAGGAAAUGGUAGAGACCAACUCCAAGAUCAUCAUCCUGUGCUCCCGAGGCACCCGCGCCAAGUGGCAGGCCAUCCUCGGCUGGGAGGAGCCUGCUGUCCAGCUUCGGUGUGACUGCUGGAAGCCCGGGGGUGACCUCUUCACAGCGGCCAUGAACAUGAUCCUGCCAGACUUUAAGAAGCCAGCCUGCUUCGGCACCUACAUUGUCUGCUACUUCCGUGACAUCAGCAGUGAGAGUGAUAUUCCUGACCUCUUCAACAUCACUCCCAGGUACCCACUCAUGGACAAAUUUGAGGAAGUUUACUUCCGAAUCCAGGACCUGGAGAUGUUUGAACCCGGCCGGAUGCACCGCGUUGGGGAGCUCACGGGUGAGAACUACCUGCGGAGCCCCAGUGGCUGGCUGCUGAAGGAGGCCGUGGAGAGGUUCCGGGAGUGGCAGGCUCAGUGCCCUGACUGGUUCGAGCGCGAGAACCUUUGCUCCGCAGAGGACCAGGACCUCCCAUCCCUGGAUGAAGAGGUGUUUGAAGAGCCGCUGCUGCCACCGGGAGGAGGGAUCAUCAAGCAAAAGCCCCUGGUGCAGGAACCUGCCUCCGAGGGCUGCCUGGUGCUCGAUCUGCGCGUCUGUGAGGAAGGAAGGGGAAUGUCCCGGCUGGAACCUCAAGUUCAGCCCCAGGGAGAGCCGGCAGCCCUGACGCUCCAGACAGAGGUGCUCCCUGUGGAGGAGGCGCCUCCAACUCAGGCAGUACAGCCUGUCCCUCAAGCCACCGGGAGCAGCACAGCCAGCCGCUUGGCCGUGGUAGAGGGAGAUGAGGCCUGGCCGCUGUUGGAGGGCCACGGCCCUCGGCGGAACAGCAUCCUCUUCCCCGUGGACUCAGAGGACCCACCCCUCUGCAGCACGCCUAGGGCAUCGCCCAGCCACCUCCCGGAAGACGUGAGGGAACAGCUCGAAGGCCUGAUGUUCUCACUCUUCCAACAGAGUCUGGGCUGCCAGGACCAGGAGGGCUGGGAGAGCGCCGCAGCAGCCCUCAAAGACCUGUACGCUCCCUGUGAGGAUGGGCAGCGACAGUCAGUGCAGUCCGACCAGGGCUACAUCUCCAGGAGCUCCCCGCAGCCCCCUGAAGGACUCCUGGAAAUGGAGGAGGAGGGAGAAAAGCAGGACCUGGGGAGGUCAGCCAAGCAGCUCUCGCCUGAGGACCUAGAGAGCCUGAGAAGCCUCCAGCGGCAACUUUUCUUCCAAGAGCUUCAGAAGAACUCUGGCUGGGACGGUAUGGAGCCCGAGAUGCCAUAGGGCCUCCUUAGACCCCGAGUGUUGGGAGAAGGGUGUGUGUAUGUACACAAGUGUGCACAUGAGUGUCUGUAUGUAUACAUAUGUCCGUGUGUGAAAUGUUUGCCUUUGAAGUGUUAACCUCUUGAUCCCUGGGCAUCCCCCUUAAUUUUCUUUCUCUGACCCUCUGGUCAUGAUGUCUCUUCCCCACAAGAAUCCACAGCCCAUUCCCAGGAGCUAGUGACAAGGUGUCCUUGAGUCUCCACCAUUCAUUCAUUCGUUAAUUCUUUCAUUCAUUCAGCAUUUAUCUUGCACCUCUUAUGUGCCAGGCAUCUGAGAUACAAAGGUAAAUUGCAGGAGAUACUGGCCCCAGCCACGGAGGGGCUUAACAUCUAGUGAGAGCAACAGAUUAGCAAACAGGAUGGUCAUGAGCGAAGUAAGGCCAUUGUAGAGGUCUGCCCAGGGCUAUGAAAAUACAAAGAAGGGAAACCUGGGCCAAGACACUGUGAUUGCAGAAGGCAGCAGGUGGGGUGAGGGCUGGAGCAGUAAGAGAGGUGGUGGAGAGGCAGCUAGAGCCCCAGUUGGAGAAGGCAUGUGGGCCAGGCUGGGGUUUGGGACAUCAGCCCUGUGGCCUAGGAUUCCUUUGAUAUGGGAAGCUGCUGCUCUGCAGAGAAGGAGGCUGAGGACCAGACAUACCUGAAAGCCACCUCAGCUCAGUUUUGGAAAGAGACAGGAUGGAAAUGUGUGGUGUGAAACCUAACAGCAUUCAACGGGGAGAAAAGUCUGAAAUCCUGAGCCCCUGUUUUGGCACUCAGUCAAAGACAGGGAGGGACUGCGUGAGCGGGCCCCUGGGCAGCAGCCCCCCAUCCACACACCUCUUGCCCCCCGUGAGCACAGGAAGCACCAGAGCUGGGCGCCCAAGACUGAGUAUGAGAUACGGACCUCAUAUCAGGGUGGGCAGAGAGGGGCAGGGCAGGAGUUAGAGGGCUGGCAGAAGCAGGCCUCUUUGAGGAGAGAGGAAAGUGUACCACUCUGUCUUUAAAAGUCUGAGUUGGUUCAAAGAGGAGAGAUGCUAAGGCCCAGUGUUUGAAGAAGUGGUUCCUGAAAGUGCCUCCUUUGGAGAAACUGAAGGCUUUGUCCCUCUGGGGUCCUGGCAAGCACACUGGGAUGCCAUCUGACCCUGGAGUGGAGUCACAGCUCCAAGCUUCAGUGAAGGGGUGAGGAUUCUGGCACGUAAUGGGAAACCAAGUAUCACAGGUUACCUGUGUGUAUGCCACACCCAUGCAUAUGUGUGCACAAAAGGAAGAUUAUCAAUAAAAGAAUGAAUAAAUGUGUUAACUCUGGUUAGAAUUCUGGGUAGGUACUUUGAGUUCCAUGUUACUAUGGGUCAAGAGUUCCUAGCUGUAGAGUCCUUUCCAGUGGUGCAAUUUCACCUCAUAGUGGCAGCGGCAUCAGGCCUAAGUCCCAGACAGAGUGUGGCCCAUACACAGCCUGACAGCAGGACCAGGUAAGGUGUCUGUGCACCUCCAGAAUACUUACAUUGACACCUAAUCCCCAGUGUGACGGUUGUGGAGGGACAGGUGAUGAGGUCACGUGGAUGGAGCCCCAGACUUCCUCCCUUCUGCCACGUGAGGGCCCAGCGAGAUGGUUUGUGAACCAGGAAGCAUGCUCUCACCAGACACCCAAUCUGCCAGCUCCUUGAUCUUGGACUUGCCAGCCUCUAGAACUGUGAGAAAUAAAUUUCUGCAUUUAUAAGCA